CAUAACUUGUAAAUGGCAAGAAUUGCAUUCAACCUAUAACGAAGACUCGUGAUCUGGGAAAUAUAUUGAUAUUUAUUGUCGUAACUGAAAUAUUCAUUUGUAGUAAUUUUUUUCCUUUUUUUUCUAUAAUUUUGUGAGAAAAAAAAUAAUAGAAAUAUGUGGUUAGAAGAAUGUGAUGGUUUCGCGGAACUCUGUCGGGGUUAUCUUCCAUAUUAUUUAUUAAUAGUAUUACCAAUUUUUAUUAUAAUUUCACCGGCCAACCCCGUGGCAGCUUCUCAUGAAUUUCCCGUUUUUCGAAUGCACCAGUGGGACUUGCAUGGUGUUCCUCAUGGAUGUCGUAGUGCUCCCAUUUCUUUAGAAGCAAGAUCAUUGACAGGAUGGAGUACUUCAAGACAUUGUGUUGUCACGAGUAUUUUGAAUCUAAAUUCAGAUUCAUUUCAUAAUAUUCGAGAAAAAGCUGGUGCCUUGAUAAUUGUCCUUCCUGAAAAAAUGGAUAGUCUCACUGAAGAUCAAAAGCAGCAUAUAUUGUCAGUGGAAGAGUCCAUGUUGUAUGGACCAGAAACUCCAAUUCCAGUGUAUUUUGCACCAUGGAGCCCUCAUCUUCAAGUGAUAUUAGAUGAUAUCGUCGGUGGUUUUAUUACCGAUGAAAAAGCAGGCUCAGCUGCAGAAGCAAUUGUUAAUUCUAUUUCUGCAAGUGGCUAUCAAGUUGUUGUUGCCGCGAGCCAAGCAACUGCUAAAAACGAUGUAAAAGUAGCCACAUUACAAGGCAAAUUGACUGGCACAGGUGCUGAGGAAAAGUUGCCCACUAUUGCUCUAGUCGCUCAUUACGAUAGUACGGGUGCUGCACCAGAAUUGUCUUUUGGUGCAGAAAGUAAUGCCUCAGGUGUAGCAAUGUUACUCGAAUUGGCGAGAAUAUUUUCUGCUCUUUAUUCAGUUGGUCGAUCAAGACCGCGAUUUAAUUUAGUAUUUUUAAUAACUGGAUCUGGAAAAUUAAAUUACCAGGGCAGUAAAAAAUGGUUAGAGGAUCAAUUGGAUGGUUUGGAAGGCUCAAUUAUACAAGACGCUUCAUAUGUAAUGUGUCUUGAUUCUGUUUCAACGGGGAAAAAUUUAUAUGUACAUGUCUCAAAACCACCGAAGGAAACAUCAUCAGGUGGAUUAUUGUAUAAAGAAAUGAAAUCAAUUGCCGAUGAUUUAGGUUAUACAACUGUUGAAGGUGUACAUAAGAAAAUUAAUUUAGCUGAAGAGAUGCUGGCUUGGGAACACGAGCGAUAUAGUAUUCGAAGAUUACCCGCUGCCACUCUAUCAACAUUAAAAAGUCAUGAGGAUCCAAUGAGAAGGACAUUUUUGGAUAUUGUUCAAGAUGGACAAGUUGAUAGACUUUAUGAGCAUACAACAGUUGUUGCUGAAGCAUUAGCGAGGCACAUUUACAAUUUGAGUUCUGGUCAAAUUUUUGCAGAACCGUUGAGUGUUUCCAAAGAUUCGCUUUCACUUUGGUUAGAAUAUUUGUCUGCACAACCAAGAGCAGCUGUUUUAUUAGCGGAUAAACAAAAUUCUCUAGUUAGUGCACUUAAGGAAAUAAUGAUGCGAUAUUUGGGGGAUGUAAAAGUUACGCUUCACAGUCCUGAAAAACGGGAUCCCGAAUUCGUAUUAUACGAUGUCACUAAAGCUACAUUAAAUGUAUACAGUGUAAAACCAGCAGUGUUCGAUCUAUUUCUAACGAUUGCCAUAGUUUUGUACUUAGGAAUCGUGUACUUAGCUGUACAUAAUUUUCCACGCCUUUAUUCCUUAGCAGUUAGGCUCUUUGUCAAGAAUAAAGUUUCAUAAAUUUAUAUAUGGAAUAAUAUUUGUUCCUUAAAAAAAAAAAAAUUUGAACUGAUAUUGAAAAUUAGAGACUUUUAUUCAAUGUAUGUACGUAAUACUUAAUUUUGUAAAUUAAAGGAGUACACACAUUUUUUUUUACUUUUUUUUUUCAUUUAUUCUAUCAAGUCCAAUUUUUGCUAGUCCUUAAAAUAUAAUUAAUGAACAAAGUUUUUAAUAAAUAGAAAAUCGACUAGUAAUUUUAAUUCUAAAACUAGGCGCUAUAAUUUUUUCAUCCUUUCUUUAUAUUUAUAAUAAUCUAAUUCUUUAAAAUUUCAAUUUUUUUUUCCAACACAUUUUGCAAUUUACUAUAUAAGAAUUUUUAGAAUAAAAUCGAUGACUUUAUUAAAGAAAAAUAGAAAAAUAAUAGUGAAUUACAAAGACAUUGUUUUUUUUAAAUAGAAUUUUAUUUAAGUUGUUCAUUAUAUCUUAUAAUUGAUGCGAAUAGAGCAAAUAUUUAUAGGAAAUAGUGAAUUGAGUGAGAAAUAAUGCAACCAUUGUGAAUAAUAUCAUUUAUUCUUUGUAUAAAAAAAAAUAGUUAAAAAAAAAUAUAUAUAUAUUACCUUUCCGUGCGUGAUAUUCUUCGAUUUAUUGUAAUGCAUUCCACGAAAUAGAGUUUUUUUUUUUUUUUUUGUAAAAAACGUAAUGUACUUCGAAAAAAAAAUGGAGGUAAUAUCGUCAAUUUACUAAUCCAUUUUUUUUUAUUGAAAAUUAAGCGCGUAAAAGUUAUGAAGUUAUGUAAAAAAUUAUAAUGAUUAAAUAUGUAUUAUAAAUAAAUAUAGAUUUAAUCGACA